CGAGUACCUAUCACACCUAAAUAGAUACUUCCUUUACAUAUAAAUUCUAACUUAUACUCAAUAUGCGUAUUGCUGCCUUUAUCACCGCAAGUGCUGUAGCGCUGUCCGCCGUUGUGCUUGCUGACCCCGUUCCAAAUGACCAGCAGACCUGUGAUCUGUGCAUGCAGAGUGUCGGACAGUUGCAUGAUCCCGAUACGCGUGCCCAGUUGGAGGGCAUGUUGGACCAGGUUUGCGCGCAAAUCCCCUUCUUCCAGGAUGAGUGCAAGGGCUUCACCGGACAGAUCAAGGAUGAGAUCGAAAAGCUAGCAAAGGAGACCCCCAGAGAGGCGUGUGAAGAGAUCCAGCUAUGUGGACCCGACGCCAUCCAGUUGCAGGUGGGCAAGCAGCUACAAGCUUUCAAGACCGUGGCUGUGCAGAGGAUGAAGUCUAUGGAGGCCCAGGCCAACUCGGCCCAAUGCGAUGUGUGCAAGUGGUUGUGGGACAUGGUUGAGCAACGUGCACCCCCUGUCGAGCAGCUUGAGAAGCAAUUGGAGAGUGUGUGUGCUAUGGCACCCACAGAACAGCAGGACCAGUGCAAGGAUGCGGUGACUCAGAUCGAGGAUCAGUACAGACAGGGCAUAUCCAUGACCCCCCAGGAGGUUUGCGAGAAGCUGCAGGUGUGCGCGGUUGAGACCCCUGUCAUCCGUCAGCUACUUCACGCUAUGAAGGAGGAGUAAGGUGCGCUCGUUUGGUAUCGUGAUAUGUCUGUUUCCACGCUCUGUUGGUGACGGAUAUGAGGCCUGUUUCAUGUCGAAGCUGGUCGAUUCUAUGUUAUCUAGAUACUCAUGCGCAUAUAAGUGCCUUUCAAAUAAAAAGUGUUAAUGAACUGGUCGUCAG